GGUUUUUUUGUUGGUUGUCUUUGAUCCUCCUACUUUGUAUAUUUAGCAUCUUCUUCCUAUUUCAAAAUUAUACAUAGUUUUCUUCCCAUAACACCAAGCAAAAAAAGAGAAAGCCAUGGGAAGAAAGCUUGAUGCUCUCCUUGGCCGGAAAUUCAAAAUCUCAAAGCUUAAAACCACCAUAAACCUCGCCAUCUCCCGCCUCUCACUCUUAAAAAGCAACCGCCUUGCAAGAUUCACAAUCACCCUCUCCGAUGUCAUCCAACUCCUCCGCCUUAACCACCACCAACAAGCCCUUCUUCGGAUUGAGCAAGUGAUCAAAGACCAAAACAUGUUGGAUGUGUAUGACAUGAUACAUACCUAUUGCCAUCUCCUCAUGCAAAUGAUCAACCUCGUAGACCAAGUCAAUGAAUGUCCAAAAGAAUUGGAAGAUGCAGUAUCAAAUCUAUUAUAUGCAGCUCCAAGAUGUGGGGAGUUUCCAGAACUUCAAGAGAUUCGUGCGAUUUUAACAAGGCGUUUUGGAAAGGAAUUCGCUAAUGAUGCUAGCGAGUUACGAAGAAAUUGUGGAGUUAGUCAAAAGAUGAUACAAAAACUGUCACCCGGGCAAUCGACUUUAGAGUGCAGAAUGAAGAUGCUUAUGGGCAUUGCCAAAGAUAAUGGUGUAAUUUUGCAAUUAGAGAUAUCUUCUUCCGAAACAAGAAAGGAGAAAGUGGUGGAGAAAAAGAAAAUUAAAAAGAAAUUAAGUUUUUUUAAGUCGAAAAGUUAUAGAAAUGCAGCACAAGAUGCUUUUGAAUCAGCGGCUUAUGCAUCAGCUGCCGCCAGAACAGCUGUGGAACUAGCUCGCUCAGAGUCGUUUGUUUCAAAUGGUUCAGAUUCAGAUUCAGACAAACAUAAAUUAUUUUAUCCUACUAAAGAUUAUAAUAUUUCAGAAGUACAAUAAGUAAAAGUAGAAAAUAAGAUAAAUUCUUCGAUGAUAUGUAUAGGCAAUAACAUGUGGAAAUAGUGUAUAGUUUUUAUUUUUUUGAAGGGUUUCUUUCAUUUAUGGAGGUAAUUAAAUGCUUUUUGGUAUCUAAAAACAUA